UUCGCUCCCCCCCUUUCACUGCUCCCUCUCUUUUCCCCUCAUUUCUUUCAAAUGCCGUGUUUAGACUAUACCAAUCCCUUUCUGCGAAUAAGAGGGGGGACAGCGCUGCUGUCUGUCUGCAUGCCGCGGCAUUGCAGCGGGAGGCUGAAAGGGAGAGCAAAACUAUGGGAAAACAUCCUUGAAAUCUUCUCCGUCCGCCUGGCAGCCGUCGGCGACGGAAUCCGGUGCCGCCUCUGAGCUCUCUCUGAGGUUUGGGGUUAUUCGCCCCCUCCCUCCCUGGCUUUUAUUGGUGAGCCAGUCUGGAAAGGAGCGUGAACAAAGCAGCAGGAACGGAGAGGAGAGCCGCUGAAAGAGUGAAAGAACUGACACUCACGCCUGCUCGCUCACUCGCUCCGUCGCCCGGACAACCAGCAGCAGAGGAGAGAGCACGGGCAGAGGGAAGGAAUAAGGGGAAGAAAUGUAGAGAGUGAGCUGCUUCGCCUCGCAGUCAGCUCCAGAGGAUCCCAGCCGAGAGCCUCAGAAUAGCGCUCCUGCUCUUUUUGGACCAUAUGAAGGAGACCCACUUCAGUACACAGAGUUGAGCCCACGUCCCAAAACCGGCUUCGAAAAGGAUCAGCGGCUGAGAAUCCCCAAGGAAGACCAGACCGGUACCGGACAUCCCACGUUACUUUGGACCCCCACCAACUUCUUGUCAGGGGCAGGGGCGGCGAUGGAGACAGAGGAUGAGCCCUUGUUGCUCUUGGCGGACCCGGGUGUCACAGAGGAGGUGGAGGAGGAAGAGGGGGAGGAAGAGGAAGAUUUCGAGGAUACACCAGUUAGGUGCGAUCAUGUUGAGGACAGUGGGCUUUGGGGAAUAUGGAGAGCCAUGGGCUGGGUGUAUACUCAGGUCUGGGUGUGCAUCCUGAUCCUUGGGGCUGGAGUGUUGUUGCCCUGUGCCCUUUGUGCCUACAUGUUCCUGCACUGCCCCCCACUGGACAUCGACCUUUCCUACAGCGCCUUCGAGGUACGGAGCCACUCGUCGGCACAGCGAUUUGAUGCCCUCACCAUCGCCCUAAAGAGCCAGCUGGGGUCCUGGGACAGACACAGGCGCGAUGUGGGCAGCGUCGACACCCAGGCCCUCCGGGACUUGCUGCUUAAGCGGCUGGGCGGGCGAAACAGCAAAGGGCCCUUAAAGGCUACAAAAAGCAAUCUGAUGGCGGAGGGACUGGCGUGGAACACGACGGGGAAUGGAGGCUCGAGGGAAGAGGCCACUGGGGUGAACAGUCAUGAAACACACUCAAAGGAAAAGGGCAUAGCGGGGGAAGUGCAGCAGCAGAAAGAAGAAGGUAAAUCCGGAGACCCAGAGGAUGAUGGGGGACAGGGAAAGACUUUACUCAGGCUGCCUCGUUUUGCUGGGGGAUCAUCCUACUACCUGCAGAGUCAAGCCAUGUGGAAGAUGGAACUGGUGUUCCUGGCCCAAGGCGAGGACGAUGCCAACAUCUUCACCCCCGAGCGUCUGCGCACCAUCCACCAGGUGGAGCGCCUGGUAGUGCAGCACCCCCAUUUUAGGCAGUUCUGUUGGAGGCCCCUGGAGAUUCUGAGGGACCUCCCCCUGGGUCCAUCCUACUGCUCGCCCCCCAGCUCCCUCCUCUCCUACCUUUUCCCCAGUGAACGAGGAGGCAAGAUUUACUAUGAUGGCAUGGGACCAGACCUGGCCAAUAUCAGCGGUGCCCUGAGCUUGGCCAUCACCCACCCGCAGUUCUACUGGUACGUGGACGAGAGCCUGACGCCCAGCCGCCUGCGCAGCAGCCUGCUCCGCAGCGAGAUCCACUUCGGCGCCCCCUUGCCCUCUUUCUUCUCCCUGCAGGACCGGCUGGACGAGCAGAAGCGACGCUUCCGCAGUUUCGUGGUGCAGUACGCCGACAUCCUCGCCCGUCAGUCCACCAGCCAGGUAAAGGUGCUAUACGGGGGUACGGAGCUGUUUGACGACGAGGUCAGGCGUACCUUCCACAACGACAUGCUGCUGGCGCUGGUUAGCGGGCCGGCGUUGGUCUGCCUUUCAGGAAACAGCCUUUCUUCUCUCCUACCCUUGCUUCACCCAAACUGCCAAGGUCUGCCUCAACCCAACCUGUUGCCUGGGCAACUCUCCCAUGGGGCCGUGGGCAUGCAGGGGGGCACCGUGCGCUGGCUCUCCAUGGCCUUCGAAUCGACCACCUACAAGGGGAAGUCCUCCUUCCAGACGCAUUCGGAUUUCCUGCAGUGGGAGUCCUUCUUACAGGAGCAGUUCUCUUCCCUCCCUGCAUCCUCCGCCUUGCGCCAUGGAUUCCAGACCUGUGAACACUGGAAGCAGAUCUUCAUGGAGAUUCUGGGUGUGGAGAGCGCCCUCUACAGUCUGCUGCUGUCCCUGGCCAUCUGCAUAGGCACUGUGUCGGUGUUCACUUCCCACCCUUUCCUGCUUCUACCCAUCCUCCUCACCAUUCUGGGUGUUAUCUGCCUGGUGGUGGCGGUCAUGUACUGGCUUGGCUGGGAGAUGGGGGCAGUGGAGGCCAUUUCCCUCUCCAUCCUGGUGGGCUCCUCCGUCGACUACUGCCUGCACCUGGUUGAGGGCUUCCUGCUGGCCGGGGAGACUGGCUCCCAGGCAGCCAAUCACCACAUGGACGCCUCUGAACUGCGGCAGCACCACACCAUGCUUGCCGUGGACCAUGUCGGCGUGGCGAUCGUCUCCAGCGCGGUCACCACGGUGAUCUCCACGGUGCCCCUCUUCUUCUGUGUCAUCGUGCCUUUCGCCAAGUUCGGUCAGAUUGUGGCCAUCAACACGGCCGCCUCAAUUCUCUUCACCCUCACGGUCAGCGCCGCCCUGCUGGCUACCUUGGGACCCGCGCACUUCUCCAGGCCCUCUGGGGCCGUACUGAAGGCCAUCGUUGCCGUGGUUGUGGCGGGGGCAUUUGGGGCUGCACUAUACUGGGUGUGGAGACAAUUUUUGGGGCCGAUUGCUUGGUACGCCACAUAGCACUCUCCCUGGGGUGGGGGGCUCUAAUGAUUAUGGUGAAUGCUCCGAAGAUGACUGCGGGGGUGUCUCACGACCGUGUAUAUUCCCAUCAUGGUACAAUCAAGGCCUCCGGAGGAGCUGGUAGAAAUUAUUUGGUGGACUGAAAAAGCAUAUACCUUUUUUUUCUUAAAAAUAUAAGUUUGUUGUUUUGCUAGUUGCGUCAGUCUGAAGGAUAUUCCAAGAGCAAUGGACAAGAGACAAGCUACUUUGAAUUCUGUGAAUUCGGUCUGCAGGGGUGAUAAAGUGGCACGACCAGCUGGGUGUGGAGCCAUUUACACGGACGCUGAGCGCUGACAGGGCCCCUCGAACGCCCUUCCCACGGAUGCCGUAAGGGGUUUGUAUUUUCACUUUAGUUAUCGUUGCCUGCUUCUUCCUGCGAGAGGUCUUCCUCUCCAGAGUGGAAUGAGGGAGACAGCAUUUACCUGACAGACCAGCCCCCCCCCCCCCCCCUUUCAUGUUGUUUGCAGUCGUGUGACAUUAAACAGCUUUGAAAGGGGCAGCGGCGGAUGAGAGGUCGUGCUGGAUCGCAGACAGAUAAAUUCCAAAUAAUACAUCCGAUAGCAAGGUCCAGCACUCUGAUUUCUGGAAUGAGUGACGCCCAUUUUAACAUGCUAGAAGUGUCGUGAUGUCACAUGCGGAGAUCAGGGGAAGGCCUUAAUGCUUCACAGCACCACUCUGUCACCACGGCGACCAGACCCAUACCAACCUAUGUGGAGUGGGGCACAUCCUUCUGAAGACGGCGCCAAAGACUCCCUUCCUCUGGUCCAGCUGCGAAUAGGAACACAGAAAGGACACGGGCCACCAUCUUCUAGCGUAUGCCGUCACCCUGAGAGUGAUCGGAUCCAGGCAGCCAGAUCCGGUUGGACUGCGAAGUGGCGGCUAACUGCUGGAGCAUCAGGCCCGGUGUGGCCCGUCCGUGGGAGGCUGAAGCUGACAGCAAACCCCAGAGAGCGUUACCUACAUGUGCAGAGAGCUGAACAGGGCAGCAUAGUCACAUAGUCUGUGUUUAGUGGUCAGUUAUGGGCAAAUAUAUGUGAAACUAGAUUUAAAAAAAUGAUUAAAAACAGUAUUUUGAACGAGUACAUUAUGGAUGUGUAUUUACAUCAUGUCUGGCUGCUAAGACCACUUUAAAAUGUUUGAUAUUAACGAUAAUUUUGAUUGAACGCCUGAUCCUGAGAAGCACAUUGCAGUCUCCCGUUUUGUAGAGCCAAUCAUGCAUCUAGUUGCUGAGAUUUGAUGAAAUGAGA